CAAGCCGCUGAUGGAGAAGAAGCGACGGGCGCGCAUUAAUGUGUCGCUGGAGCAGCUCAGAUCGUUGCUAGAGAAACACUACUCGCACCAGAUCCGGAAACGCAAGUUGGAGAAGGCAGACAUACUGGAGCUGAGCGUCAAGUACAUGAAAAGCCUUCAGAACUCGGUGCAAGGGCUCUGGCCGGUCCCCAGCGGAGCCGAGUACCCGUCGGGCUUCCGCGGCUGUCUACCGGGCGUUAGCCAACUUCUGCGGCGCGAAGAGGAGGGCGGCGACGGUCUGCGCUGCCCCCUGGCGCACGAGCGCGCGGGUGGCAGCACCAUGGACAGCGCCAGUUCCGGCCCCGAGGCGCUCGCGCGGCGCGGCCCCGGCGCCCCCCCAGUUUGGGUCCCUGCUCCGGCCGCCGCCGGCUCGCGGUCCCCGCCACCCCGGCUCCUCUUCUCUGGAGGUCUCCCCGGUCAGUCCACCGGCAUCCCCGCGCCGCAGUCGGCGUCUCGCCGCUUCGCCGAGAGCCCGGGGCCGGGGCUGCGCUUGUGGCGGCCCUGGUGAGGAUCAGGUACGGCCUCGGACUCACAGAGGCCCUCGUCUGGCCUGGGGACGCAGAGACUGUUUUGGACGGCCGGAACUCCGGUCAUCGGUUCUGGUCCCGGGACGGGGUGGCCGGGAGGGUGCCGCGUCUCUUCGAACUCGGGGAAAUACACGAAGCUACGAUUGGACCGGGUUCUGCGCGUCUAGGCAUAACCCACCCCCCACCCCAGCCCUACCCACUUAGGCCGGACCCGCUUUCUCCUCCUCCCACCUUCCAGUGGGGCUGGGAGUGGGUGUCCCGGGCUG